UGUUUUCUUGCCAAAACCAUGCCCUAUCACACCAUAGCCAAUGGUAUCACCACCGUGGACUGCCAGAAACAAGUCCGGUCAUGGCGGAUUCUUAGGUCACUCAUUGCGCUACUCGUUCCGAGCUGCAGCUCUAUAUUUGUUGAAGAAGAAGAAGAAAUUAGAAAAGAAAAAUCCCUUCAUUGUCAUCAUCCUAAUAGACCUAGCUUAUUCACUUCUACUACAAUUACAGGCACUAUUUUCGGCUUUCGUCGAGGAAAAGUUAGCUUCUGUAUCCAAACAAACCCUAAAUCGAACAGCCCGCUUCUGGUUUUGGAGUUCUCAUUGCCUACAGCAAUCUUAGCUAGAGAAAUGCAAGCGGGCAUUCUACGUAUAGCGUUAGAGUGCAGUACAAGUAACAAUUCGAGCUCUGAUCUUUUGGCGACGUCACUGUGGACUGUGUAUUGUAAUGGUAGAAAAGCUGGAUAUGCAGCUAAGAGAAGGCCGUCAAAGGUUGAUAUGGAAGUAAUGAAGAAGAUGAAUUCAGUUAACGUUGGCGCUGGAAUUAUCCGCGGAAAAGAGUUUGAGAGAGACGAUGAACUUAUGUAUUUACGAGCGAAAUUUGCUAGGGUUUGUGGUUCGUCUGAAGCUGAAUCUUUUCAUCUGAUAGACCCGGAUGGAUGUAUAGGUCAAGAGCUCAGUAUCUUCUUUUUUCGAUCAAGAUGAGCUUUAAUGGAGAAACCAUAUUUUUUGAGUUGUUGAAUAAGUGAAAAUCCAGCAACUUUAGCUCAAUGCCAUUUGAAGAAUUAAUUUUAUUUAAUUAUUUCCUCUUUUAAUUACAUGUUUAAUUUGGGAAAAUAGCCAUGUCUUGCAUUUCUUAAGUUUUCGGCUGGCUAGUGGUCUUAUUGCACACAUGUAAUGAAAUAAUUUUUAGAUUGUGAAAUGAAAAUUUGAACUCAUAAUUUCAUUUAAUAAA